AGGGAACCCGAAAACAUAGAGAAGUAUCAUGCAGUUUUCUCCGUGAUGGGCGGAGGCGAGAAAGGACAGAAAAGCAUGUAGUACAACGCCUACCACCAGAACCAGCAACAACAGCAGAAAGGAAAGGGAGGACGUGGAAAAGGAACCGGAAAUGCCACGAAUCAGAGCUGGAUCAUGCGUGCACUCCGGUCUGCGCAAGCUGAGAAUGCGGAGUACCGAAGGCAGCAAGAAGUCGAAGAUCAGCAGGCGGUAUUGCAGAACUGCGUCAGCGAGGGCGUGAUGCAGGCCUUCGGCAUGCCACCUCCAACCCUGGCGCCCACCCCGGCGCCGGUCCAGCAAGCACCGACGAUGAUGCCCGGCGCCGGAUCUUACAGUUCAGGUGCAGCAAGUAUGCUUCCGUUCAUGUCCGGCUUCAUGCAGAUGACACAAGGAGGUAAUGCGCAACACCGCGGUGCCGGAGCUCCAGGGCAGCAGCCAGCACAUGAUGGGCGCAAGCACGAUAAGCGCCGGCAUCGGUCACGCUCGAGAUCGAAAAAGAACAAGAAGAAAAGCAGGAAGCGACGCAGAUCUACCAGCUCCAGCUCGAGUUCGUCAUCCUCCACUUCAGGUUCAGACUCCAGUCCGGAUCGAAAACAGGCGCGCUGCCCAGAAGCCAUGGGACUGAUGUUCGAGCAGUGGCGGAAUUUCAUGAUGCAACGGGCCAGCGGCGCACCCGAGCGUGAAGAAGAGGGCUCGGAGAAGAAAGAUAAGAAGAAAGAAGAUAAGAAGGAUAAGAAGAAGGACAAGAAGGAUAAGGAGAAGGACAAGAAGGAUAAGGAGAAGGACAAGAAGGAUAAGGAGAAGGACAAGAAAGAAAAGAAAGAUAAGAAAGGCAGCAGGCAGGAGCCCGCCCCCGCAGCAGCGGCCCCGAAGGGCCGCAUGCUGGUCGCCCCGGAUCUUAGUUCAGCCCCGGGGGAAGCCGAAACCGAAGCGAUGAAGAAAGUUCUGUUGGCUUGCAGUCUUGACAACGACGUGAGCGAGUUCGAGAAUGUCGCAGCGCUCACGGCACACGUGGUCAGCAGCAUGUCCGUGUCUCAACUCGACAAGGUGCUGGAAGCGAACGGCUUCACAGGUAGCAAACCUAACACCAAGGAGAAGAAGGUGAAUGCUUUGAUUGACCAUGCGCGCGGAACGUAAUGAGCACAGCGCGUGCAGUGAGCGUAGACCCAGCGCCGGGAGAUCGGGC